AUGAAUUGCAGGCUCUUUUCUGUGACAUUGCUAUGUUUGCUACUCAUAGCUAGAUUAUUUAUACAACCGUUCUAUUCAAUUAUAUCGGAUUGUGAUGAAACUUUUAAUUACUGGGAACCAUUGAAUCUUCUCGUGAGAGGAUUCGGUAAGCAAACAUGGGAGUACUCACCAGAGUACUCAAUUAGGUCAUGGGCCUUCCUAGUGCCCUUUUAUCUCAUAUUGUACCCGGUUAACCACCUCACAGAUAUGGAAAAAAUAUGGAAUUUCUAUUUGACUAGAAUGUUACUAGGGUUAUUAUCAUCAAUUCUAGAAUAUAAACUCUUCUUAGAGAUACAAAAUACCAUGACAGUACAAAUUGCCAAUAUGUGGCUUCUUCUACAAAUUUUCAAUCCAGGCUAUUUCCAUGCAAGUGUAGAAUUAUUACCAUCAUCGAUUGCUAUGCUUCUAUUUCUUGGCUCAAUAAGGCACACUUUGCGUUAUUUAUCGAUUAACUCGAAUAGCAAUUUUGUCUCAAGUUUAAGUUUCAACUUCAUGGCUAGUAUAUUGGGGUGGCCAUUUGUUUUAGUUCUAAGUGUGCCUAUGUGUAUCCACUAUGUUUUCACUCAUAGAAUUAUUUCAACUCUAAGAACUGUUUUUGACUGUACGCUUGUCUUAUCCCUUAUUGGAACUUUGGUAAUGAUAAUUGACUCCUCCUUUUAUGGGAAAUUUACACCAGUGUCUUGGAAUAUUUUAAAAUACAAUGUCAUUAAUGCAAAUGAGAAUGCUGGCCCUAACAUAUUUGGCACUGAACCAUGGCAAUAUUAUUUUUUAAAUCUCCUAUUGAAUUUUUCAGUUCCUUCAUUGGCCUUUGUCUUCUUAGGAAUUAUUCACAGAAGAUUAUGGCCACUAUGGACGGCAAUGCUCCUGUGGAUAGCAAUAUUCCUUGCGCAACCACAUAAAGAGGAAAGAUUCCUGUAUCCAAUAUACGGCUUAAUUAGUUUAUUUGGCGCCAUAGGUUUCUAUGAUUUAACGAAGAUAUUCCAUCCCUACAGAUCAACCAAAAUAAUAAUGAAAUUUUUCAUUGGUUUACUGAUUAUCAUGCAAUCAGUAUCCCGUAUUAUAGCACUAAUCAACAAUUAUGGUGAUCCAUUGUCUGUAUAUGCUAAACUUUAUGAUAUAGCUGAUUCUGGGAAUAAUGGGGUAGUAAAUGUUUGCACAGGAAGGGAAUGGUACCAUUUCCCAUCUUCCUUCCAUUUACCUGAUAACCAUAGGUUAAAAUUCAUAAGAUCUGGCUUUGACGGCCUUCUACCUGGUGAUUUUCAUGAAACUGAAAAUAUUUUAGAAAGUAUUCGUGCAAUUCCAAAGGGAAUGAACAAUUUAAACCUAUUUGACGACUCUAAGAUCACUGCCCUUGAUGAAUGUAAGUACGUGGUGGAUAUUUUAGACAUGCCUACAUCUGAUGACGACGUUUUCAAUCCUUCGGCAAGUGUAAGAUCCAAAUCAUGGGAAGCUAUUCAUUGUGAAUCGUUUGUUGACGUAGAUAAUUCUAAAAUUUUGGGAAGAUCAUUUUAUGUCCCUGAAUGGCUACAAAAUAUGAUGAAACUAUAUUUUGGGAAAGUUUGGGAUCACAUCUACAAGUUAGAAAAAUUCAAAUACUGUAUAUUUUCGAGAUUGCCUCAAGAAGAUGAAAUAUAA